AUGUCUUUUGCGUCAGCACUCAUCUUGGUUGUUGCUAUCUGGUGCAUCUAUGUAGGUUGGCCAUGGUAUCGCAACUGGAAACAGGCAAAGGCGCUGCAUGUGCCGAUUGUCAUAAGUCCUAUUUCAACUAGCGGUGCCGCAUUGCAGUCAUUGAGAUAUAUCCUGGACCGUGAUAUUUUACCAACUUGGAUCACUCGAUUAGCGUUUGUGAGACUCAUCCAGAGAAACUCGCGCUUCCAGGAGAAGUUCGCAGUCCAUGCCGAGUAUGGAAAACUAUUCAUCUUGGUCACGCCGGCGACAUGUGAGCUGUACGUGGCAGAUGUGGAUGCCGCAAAGCAAGUGCUUUCACGGUGGAGAGACUUUCCAAAACCAAGUAGUCUCCUAGGUAUGAUCUUUCCCGAAAGGAACGCAGGUUAG